AUGUCUGCUGCUGUCGAUCUGCGCUCCGUCAUCGCGCUGUGCUGGCAAGUAGUGGCAAAGAACUCCCACACCCAUGACACUGUGCCGCUGGGCGUUCUGGGCGACUCCGCCCUGCGCCUGGCCUACACCGAGCCGCGCCUGGACAGCGACGUGCGGCGCAAGCUGGGCGACCUCGUCCCCCACAUCUUCAAGCGAGACUACUCCUUUGGCAGAAGAUGGUGGCCCAAGGUGGUCGAGACGGCGCUCCAGCAGGACAAGUGGUAUACCACGACCACCAGCUCCACCACCACCACCUUCGACGACGGCGCGACCCGCCAGCAGCGCCACGCCGAGCUCGAGGAGAUCACGAUCGGCUUACUCGCGCAGCUGCUACCGAUCGCCUUCUUCGAGGUUGGCAGCGCCAUGCUCGAUACGCAGAUCGCGCCAACCCUCAUCUCUGCCUUGGCCGCCGACAAGCCACCCAAGCAGCAGCCGGGCUCGGAUCGACUUUUUCCUCUUGACGACUUUGCGCCGAGCCUGCUCGAGGUCUUGAUGGGGCUCAGUGAAGCAGCCGAGUACUCAGUGCUCGACUCGGCCAUCACGAGCGUGCGGGAGAUCUCGGAACAAUUCUCAACCGAAAUGCUUGGCCCGUACCUCGAUUUGAUGCUGCAAUUCACGGCAGCCACCACGCUGCCGAACGUUGUGCGCAGCACGGCCUUUGAUGCAAUCGUAGCCGUGUCUUCACCCACGCUGCGGGAGAUGACUGAUUUCGUUCGAAAGACGUUCAGCGUAGCUUUCCAGAUCUACCUUGAGGUGGAUGAAGAGAGCAAGGUCUGGUCUCUCGACGAAUUGGAGGAAGAAGAAGCAGAAGAGGAGGAGAAGGAAGAGGAAGAGGAAGAAGAGGAGGUAGUGGAAGCCAUGGCUGAGAGGGAAGAGGAGGAGGAAGAGGAGGAGGAGGAAGAGAAAGAGGAGGAGGAGGAGGAGGAGGGCGAAGGCGGCGACCGGGGCUCCCGACGAAGACGUGUGAAGAAGCAGCAAGAGGAGCAGCUGCUUGAGGCAGGCGAUGAUCAACCCAAUGGCAAUGGGGUGAAGUCGCGGGAUCAGGUGACGGAACUAAAUUGGGACGACGGACCUGAGCGCGUGGUUGAGCGCGCGUCCACCUUCGCACGAAUCGUGGGGAGCAAGAUCUCUGUGCCAAUCUGCAUGAAGUGGGUGGAUCUGUUCAUCCGCAGCGAGGACUGGAAGUACCGCUACGCGGCGCUCAUGAGCUUGACCACCAUCCUCGAGACCUGCGCGCCACUCCCCUGCCACUCGACCAAGUCCGCCACACCAACGGAUGACUCGGCCGACAACCGCGAAGCCUCCACAACCUGGGGCCGCACCUCGGGCUACAUCACGCAUUUGAUCAUGAGUCGAAUGCAGGACCCGCAUCCCCGCGAUUCGGACCUUGCAGCGCCGUACCAUGGCCUCAUCGUCCCGGCUCUGAACGCCGGCAUACUCGACGUCAACUCCCACGUGCAGGAACGAGCCUGCUCUGCACUGGGGAGUGUAUUCGAGGAUGAGCUGUCGGACAUGCUGGACCUCUACGAUGAGCCCGAGCGCGAACGCAUCACUAGGCUGUGUUACGAGCUACUGGACAACCUGUUGGACCUGACGCAGAGCGAGAGCAAGGAAAUCAAACAGGCGGCCUUCAUGGCCGUCGCUCUCAUGUCUGAUUCGCUCAAGGAGAAGUUCGCCAAGUAUUAUGAGCGCUUUGCGCCGGCGUGCCUGGAAAUCCUGCGACGAAAACAGCCAGUGGCUGGGCGAAACAGAGAGCUUGCCGGCCGCGCCCUGGAAUGCCUCACGCAGAUGGCCGUAUCAGUGGGUUUGGAGACGAGCAGAUCAUACACCGAGGAGGUGCUCGAGAUCCUACGCUCCUGGACGCCCUUUGCCCAGCAGCUGCGCACCCAGUCGUCAACGUAUGUGAUGGCCGCAAUCGGCCGCAUGGUCGAGUCCCUGAAGCUCGGCUUCCUCCCCCACUUGGACUUCUUCUUCGGUCACCUCGAGCAAGCCAUUUUGACUGGUCCCACCCUGGUGGAGGAUGACGUGGCCGUUUGGCAAAGGCAGUUCAGCAUCAACGUGGACGAGAUUGAAGCCAAACGCGGCGCCAUCAACGCGCUCCACUCUAUCCUGCGCGAAUUGUCCCAUACCGAAGAGGGCGCGCUUGGCUUAUUCCCCUAUGCCGAGCGCACGGCAAAGGCGCUGGCGGAGGUGUUCCUACAUUCUCUCGAUGACCAGGCUUGCAUUAAUGCAGCCCCCUGUUUCCCACUGCUCGUCACCAUCAACCAACAGGUCCUCAAAUGGCAAAAGAAUAAUAGUGAAGGCGGUGACGAUGACCAAACGGAAGCGAAGAAGCGAAAGAGAAUGGCAGACUCGCCGUUCAACACUGAAGACCAGGCAGGCGAACAUCACGUCAAAGACGCCGACCUGUUUAGGGCGAGGACCCUUCGCGAGCAGGACUUGGCGUACCUGAUCGGCCACAUCUGGAGCUGGUUCCUCAGGGCGAUCGAGGCGGCGGCCGAAGGCGAAGUGAUCAGUGCGUUCCUGAACAGCAUGGCUUCGUGUUUGGACCGCGUGGGUGGCGAGUGCCUGCAGGCGAACAACAUCCGUAGCACGUUCGAGACCGUUUUCGAGUGCGUGCGCUCGUCGGAGACCCAGCUGCGACUAUUGCAGGAAGAAGCGGGAGACGAAGAGGAAUACAUCGCCACCGAGGAAAAGUACGACGCUGCACAAGCCGUCCAGGCCAGUAUUGAUCUCGCCAACCGUGCUCAGAGCAAGGCAGCGCGCACCACGGCUCUGUAUGUGCUGGCUGACUGCAUCGAAUACCUCCCGGGCGUAAAGGAGGUAUGA